UCUAUUUCGUGGGGCUGUCAACCACCAGUUUGCUAUUUAAACGCUUCUUUUGCCCAGUUGCCCAUUUUGUUUUUCAGAAACCAUGCACUCCCAACAGCAGCAGUACCUCAGUGAGAAGGACUUGCUCCUUCCGUAUGCUGCACAAUCACCAGUGCCCCAAGAAAGGCAGCGUUCGUCAAAGUUUGUCAAAGCGGGUGCUCUUCUUGUUGUUGCAGCCAUGGCGGCGUUAUUACUGAACCCUCUGGUCACAGCGUUGCAAACAGUUUUGAAAUCUUCACACCGUCCAAUGUAUUGUCACCAGCCACCUGAAUUUGAGUACACUCCUGAGCCUGGGAUAUGGCAUGCCGAUCCCAGUAAAGUCCAGGCAAUUGAGGUAGAAGGCAAGGGCGCAUCGAGCGGUGGAAUUACUCUAAGCACAUCUUCUUCGAUUACCACAAUCACGGCUGAAGCCCACUUUCGUCUCGCCUCUGAAGAGCUCAUUCGCGACAUACACGUUACCGCAGUAACUACUUCAUCCGGUACAUUCCAGUUCACUGUGGAAACACCGGACCGGCUGGAUGGACGAUGCAUAUUGUCAGAUGUACGUCUCACCCUACCCACCUCCUUGAGCGAACGUCUCGCGCUUAAAGUGAAAGGUCGGAAUGCUUUCAUCAAAGUCGAGGAUAUGGGGGACGUGCAAUUCGGGGGCGUGGAAUUGAUAACUGUUAAUGGUGCCAUUGACAUUGUCAAGACCAUCAAUGGGGCGGAUAUUGGACUCCAAACCACAAACGGCGCCAUCCAGGGUGAUGUCAUCUCAAAGGCAUCGUUCAAAGGAACAACAACAAAUGGCGGGAUAAAACUUUCCUUUCCCGCCUCUGACGAGCAUCCCAAAACCAUUUCGGUCCACACCACAAACGGUGUAGCUCAUGUCUCCCUUCCGGACAGCUUUUCCGGCCACUUUGCUGCAUCAACGAAGAUGGGCCGUGUCACUGUGGAAGGGAGUGAUCUGCAUUUUGAUGACUCUGGCAGACCCGGACAUUUUCCGGGCAUUGGCGGACGUCGGACAGGAUGGAAAGGGGCUGAGAAUGGCGAACAAAAGGUUGAAGUCGGAACAGUUAAUGGCGCGGCAAGAAUCAUCUUUGUUUAGUAUUCUGGGCGGAGCGGAUUGCCUUUGCAUGCACAAUCUGUGUGACCCUUUCGCUAUGAUCAAAAUGUACCAAUUCGGCGUAUAGUUUUAUCUUUUGUCAAACAACUUUGGAUACCUCAUUGCUCUUCAGAAUCUAAGCUGGGUAUGGACAUCAAAUCCGCUGAUUCCGAUUAUCAAUUGUAGUGAAUGGUCAAUCAUGGUGAUCGAAUAAAUAAGACAAGUCCCAUCUCCGGAAAGCGGCUACAUGGUUGUGCGUGCAUUCGACAAGUACACGAUAUUGAUCGUACCAUUCAGUACUAAUUCAAAACUUGUAUAGUCAAGAGGCAAUCAAAUAAAGUCAAAGUCAUCGUCCUCGCUCUCCUCGUCGUCCUCAUCUGUAUGCCUAAGGAAAAUACCACGUGAGUUGCAAACUGGGGCAGGG